ACUCACAUUAAGACAAUUGAUCGAUCGAUUUGGAUCGCCAACAGAUGAAGCAUGGCUUUAUAGAGAAUUUACACCCCGUAGUUCUCCUAGCACUAGCGGCAGUUAGUCUUUUCCUAGCGGCAGUUUCUUCAGGUCUUACCCAGGGAAUUUUUACUUUGAGUACUUUGGAGUUGGAGGUAUUAGCGGCAAGUUCUUCAGGAGAAGAGUCUGACUAUGCCCGAAAAAUUUUGCCUCUUAGAAAAAAGUCUAAUCUUGUUUUGACUACGCUUCUGGUGACGUCAACUGUUGCGCAAGAAUUGCUACCGCUGACAAUAUAUCCUUUGAUUCCUCAUGGUAUAUAUCCUCUUGUUAUUUCAGUUGGCGGUAUGUUCCUUUUUGGCAAUAUCAUUCCAGAAGCUCUUUGUCUUCGUCAUGGUUUGAAAAUCGCCUCGUACUUUUCCUCCUUUGUAAAGGCUUUGGUGUUCAUUUGUUUUCCUAUAUCAUUUCCACUGUCAAAGGCCAUGGAUGCAGUUAUAGGCCGUGACUAUUUGAGAGUUUUGAAUCGUAGGGAGUUGAAAACUCUUUUUGAUUUAUAUGAAAGAUAUAAAUAUAACGUGUUGACUUCUGAUGAGUAUCACAUAGUGGAGAGUGCCUUGGCGCUGAAAGACAAGAAGGUGAAAGACAUAAUGACUCCUGCAGAGCAUGUAUUCAUGUUGGAUGUUGAUCAAAAGUUGGAUAGAAAACUUACUCGAGAGAUAGCAAAGAAUGGACAUUCAAGGAUACCACUUUAUGAUGGGAAUAGAAACAAUGUCGUUGCUUUGCUAUUGGUAAAAGAGGAACAAGGUCUCAUAUCUUAUAACCCUAGUGAGAAACUUCCUAUUCGAGUUUUUGUUUCCAAACAUGCAGAAGAUCAACUUGCUGUUACUGCUCCUUUAUAUGUUUCGGAUCAAACCAACGUGGAAACUCUGCUGGGUGAAUUUCAAAGGGGUCAUAGUCAUAUGGCCAUUGUUUACGAUAAACCACACGAUCGCCAUCGAAAGUUUUUAGGUGUGGUAACUUUGGAAGAUAUUAUAGAGGAAAUUCUACAGGAAGAGAUUAUAGAUGAGACAGAUCAAUAUCAGGAUAUGACUUCGAUGAAGCCAGUUAGCAGAUUGAUUGUGAAAGGACUUCGGCAGAAACUACAGAAUCGUUCCUCUUCGUUCUUGAAACAAUCUCGCCUUCGCGGAGAAGGUUAUAUAGCCAUCAAGGAGACUGACCUGAAAACUCUUUUGAGAGGAGCUGACAUGGAUUAUCCGAGACGAGAUGACGAAGAUGCUUUUAAAAUGACAAGUCCCCUAUCCGAAAGAAGAGAGAAGGCUAAGAAAUCGAUGUACCACUGUGAGGGAGCAGCUUCUUUGCCUAAUGUUUACGAAGCUUGGAAGGGUAGCGAAACAGUUGCAAAGGAUAAGAGUUGGCAGGAUAAUGACUCCACCGAGCUUAGAAACAAAAUAUUGGAUAGAAAAAGUACAUCUGAUAAGUUAUCUCAGCUAUAUGCCUCAUCUGCUCCAGAAGAAUACAGUUGGAGUGGCAAAAACAUUUCUGCCAAGUCAUCUCUUCAUCGUCCGGUAAAUGAUGUUUUGGCAGGAAUCGAUAGGCCUUCAGAUGACAUGAUAAUUUCACAGUCGCUUUGCCUCCCUUCUAUUUGGAAUACAGACUUGCCGUUUACGCAGAGUGAAAUGACUCCAUUACUGGCAACCUCUGCACCGGAGAACAGUUCUGAGUUGCAUAUGGAAGCGAUCCCUGACACCUCUUCCUCCUCGUCUUCCACAGUUUCGAAGGAAGUUGGAGAGCCUUUAGCUCCUGAGGCAAGUAGUGUAGCUAUCGCAAUUCCAAUGGGUGACACUACACAGUCACGAACGAGUUUUGAUAGUAUUCCACGCUCUAGGCAACUUGUCUUGAACUCUUUUCUUCGAUGGAAGAAAAACAAAAGAUGACUGGAACGAAGGUUUUUUGGAUUGCCUUCGAUAUACAAUAAUAUAUUGUAAAUAUACUUGAGGUUUUGUUUGUUUGGGAAGUGAAAUUAGUAUUAGACUUGUGUACUUUGUAAACGUAUUUUGGAAAGUUGACACCAACCGAGUGUGGUUAGU